AUGGCGAGUUCAGCUGUUCAGUGUUUAAACACCUUCCAGAUGUACUUACACGAUGACGACAGCCUCCUGCCAUCACCAUCAUCUUCGUUAUCUUCUGACAACGACGGUGAUAUCAAUCUCAGCCUUGACAACUUCCCCGGAACGUCAACUCUGUCCCAGCAAAGCAGACAAUUUUCCAACAAGAAGCCUCCCUAUUCAUACGUGGCUCUCAUCACCAUGGCCGUCGAGAGUUCCACUACAGGUAUGAUGACUCUCAACGACAUCUACAACUACAUCAUCAAGAGAUUUCCCUACUACCAAGACAACCAACGGAGAUGGCAGAACUCCAUCAGACACAACCUGUCCCUCAAUGAUUGUUUCGUCAAGGUGCCCCGACCUCCAGGCAAACCAGGCAAGGGUAACCUGUGGGCUCUGCAUCCAUCUUGUGGAGACAUGUUCGGUAACGGUAGUUUCCUUCGUCGUUCCAAACGUUUCAAGUCGGCCCCAAAACAACACUGCAACAACGCUACUCUACACCACGUCAGUCCGUACGGACAGAUUGGGCUUUACAGGGCUCCAUCUUCCUAUCCAGGUUUCAGCCCCCUUAAUCUUGGCCCUUUACCCCAAGGACUGACACACUCCUGCAGCACACCAGGCAACCCCGACCCUAGUACCUGGACUAUGGGAUCUCCUACAGUCUACUCUCCACCAGCCGGCUACUACAACGCCAGCAGCAUCAACAGCUCCUGA